AUGUAUAUAAUCGCUGGCCUUCUCUUCCUUCAAUCGAGAUCGAACUUCAACUUCAACCAUACCGUUUCUUCAAUCGAAUCGGUUGAAUCGGGUGACAAUUAUCCCGAAUUGAUUUUGCUAGAUACUGACUGCAUGGGAAUAAUGCAGCGCAGUGUACAUAAAAGAUCAAAUGAUAGUACCCGGAUUAUCAUCACAGCAAUUAUGGGAAUUUCCUUUGGAAUUUUUAUUGGUAUUUCAAUUUCAUCUGUCCAUUUGAAUAAGAUUAGCUUACUUUCAGGUGUAAAGAGUUCUUUUGAUGUACCUAGGACUGAAAUAGGCAGAGCUCAUGCUGUUUUUGACGAAUUUUCUGGAACCAAACAUAUUGAAGCCCUAAGGUCUGCUACUUUACCAAAGAUUAAUGUUUCAUCAAAUCCUCGUGGAGCUGAAUUACUCCCCCCUGGAAUUGUUGUAUCAGAAUCGGAUCUUUAUUUGCGCCGGCUAUGGGGUGAUCCUAGUGAAGACCUAAAGAAAAAGCCAAAGUAUUUACUUACAUUCACCGUUGGUUAUAAUCAGAGGCAUAAUAUUGAUGCUGCACUGAAAAAGUUUUCUGAUGAUUUUGCAAUUUUGCUCUUUCAUUAUGAUGGUCGAACUAGUGAAUGGGAUCAAUUUGAGUGGUCAAAGAAUGCAAUCCAUGUUAGUGUAAAGAAACAAACAAAAUGGUGGUAUGCUAAAAGGUUUCUGCACCCGGACAUAGUAUCAGCUUUUGAAUAUAUUUUAAUCUGGGAUGAAGAUCUUGGAGUGGAACACUUCGACGGGGACAAGUAUAUGAAUUUAGUAAAAAAACACGGUUUAGAGAUCUCUCAACCUGGUAUUGAGCCCAACAACGGAUUGACAUGGGAGAUGACAAAGAGGAGGGGUGACAGAGAAGUUCACACGGUUACUCAAGAGAGACCAGGAUGGUGUAGUGAUCCACAUCUUCCUCCUUGUGCUGCAUUUGUGGAAAUUAUGGCCCCUGCUUUUUCUCGGGAAGCAUGGCGAUGUGUGUGGCAUAUGAUUCAGAAUGAUCUAGUGCAUGGAUGGGGAUUGGACUUUGCCCUCAGAAGAUGUGUGGAGCCGCCAGCGCAUGAAAAAAUUGGUGUAAUUGAUUCUCAAUGGAUUAUUCAUCAAGUAAUUCCUUCUCUCGGGAACCAGGGACAAUCCGAAAACGGAGAAGAUCCACGCGCAGCGGUCAGAGCCAGAUGCAGAAACGAAUGGGGCCAGUUUCAAGCCCGGCUAAGCAAUGCUGACAAAGAGCAUCUCAAAGAACUUAAACGGAAUGGGAAGGUUUGA